AGCAUUGAAUCCUUUCCUACGUCCGCCAUUUUAACAUACGGGACUUUGUCGGGAGUGUUGGUUUUAUGUUUUAUCGUUUCUCGUGAGUAUUGUAUUUUUUAGUGCUACGUACCUAAAUAACAAAGGUCAUAAUCAUGGGGAAUAUGUUUGCGACAUUGUUUAAAGGCCUUUUUGGUAAAAAAGAAAUGAGAAUUUUGAUGGUAGGUCUUGAUGCUGCUGGUAAAACUACGAUACUGUACAAAUUAAAAUUAGGUGAAAUCGUAACGACGAUUCCAACUAUAGGAUUCAAUGUAGAGACAGUUGAGUAUAAAAAUAUUAGUUUUACUGUAUGGGAUGUGGGUGGUCAAGAUAAAAUCAGACCUCUAUGGCGACACUACUUCCAAAAUACACAGGGAUUAAUUUUUGUAGUUGACAGUAAUGAUAGAGAACGUAUUGGAGAAGCACGUGAAGAGUUAAUGCGAAUGUUGGCAGAAGAUGAAUUAAGAGAUGCUGUUCUUUUAAUAUUCGCUAACAAACAAGAUUUGCCAAAUGCGAUGAAUGCCGCAGAAAUAACAGACAAAUUGGGGCUGCACUCGUUACGCAAUCGUAACUGGUAUAUCCAGGCAACGUGUGCCACAAGCGGAGACGGUUUGUACGAGGGUCUUGACUGGCUAUCCAAUCAACUUAAAAACGCAAACCGCUAAUCGACGAUGAUACCGUCAACACUAAAUUGUUACUAUCAUCAUCGCCAACUUAAAAAAACAAACAAAACAAGAUUAAAAAAAAAAAUAUAAAAAAUAAUAAUAAAAUAAAAAUAAAAACAAUAAAUCGAUUUUAAAAACAGCGUAAAACAUCAAUAAUAAUACUAAAAAAAAAAAAAAGAAAAAAAUAAAUAAAUUACAGAAAAAAUUAAAUCAACGGCUCACAUGUGCCCUCUCGAGAGUACAAAAAUACGACUUUGACGCGUUAACAAUAAUUGUUUAUUCUUUUUGCCAAUUUUUUUUUUUUUAAUUUUUUAUUUCAACUUUCUCUCUAUUUUAUAAAACAUCUUUAUAUUCUUCGGGGUGCGGGAGAGAGGGCAAAUGGACGCGAACAAUUUAAAGCUAGAUAGAUGUGAGAUAGUAAAAGGACGCAGGCAUAAAGGAGGCACGUGAGACCGUGUGAUCGGCUCUAGAUUUUUUUUUCUUUUUUUUAGUUAGCACACGGACUGACGUUCUUGCAUGGAUUAAUUUUGCCCUGUGCAAACUUAUUAUUAUUAUUAUUAUUAUUAUAUUAAUUCUAUUAUUUUUAUUAUUAUAAUUACUAUUAAUUAUUAUUAUAAAUAUAAUUAAUAAUAUUAUUGUAUUGAUAAUUAUUAUUAUAUAUUAGAAUAGUUACACUUUUUACACAAAGAAAACCACAACGAGUGUGGAGUAAUGAAGUGAAAUCAUUAUGUACUGAGUUAUUGUCAAGUACAUUGAUAUAAAUGACCGAAACAAUAACAAUUGUUGUAAUUAAUUUUGA